UAGAGAGCUGGACAUAGUUUGGAUUAGCUAAACAUUAAACUAUGGUUAGGUGGAAAUGAGCACCUGAGGCUUCAGAACGGCAUUCCAGAGACACGGCUCAGGGGACACGUGAGGUUUCCAUGCGGAUCCCCCGGCAUGAAAAGCUUCGGCCUCUGCAUCGCCUUCCUGGGGCCCACGCUGCUGGACCUGCGCUGCCAGACCCAGAGCUCGCUCUCCCAGAUCACCUGGGUCUUCUUCUCCCAGCAGUUCUGCCUGCUGCUCGGCAGCUGCCUCGGAGGGGUCUUCAAGAGGACGUUGGCUCAGUCCUUGUUCGCGCUCUUCGCCUCGUCGCUGGCCAUCUCCCUGGUCUUCGCCAUCAUCCCUCUGUGCCACAACGUGGUGGUGCUGGCUGUGGUUAUGGCCGUGGCGGGGCUGGCCAUGGGCUGCAUCGACACCAUCUCCAACAUGCAGCUGGUGAAGAUCUACCAGAAGGACUCGGCUAUUUUCCUGCAGGCGCUGCAUUUCUUCGUGGGCUUCGGGGCGCUGCUGAGCCCGCUCAUCGCCGACCCCUUCCUCUCGGACACCAACUGCAUCCUCUCCAACAGCACGGCCAACGCGUCCCGCAACCUGCCGCACAUCCGCAAGUCGCUGCUCCCGCACCACCCGGGCAACCUGUCCCGCUACGACCUGCCCAUGAAGGGCAUGGUGGUCACGCACGUGUCCUACGCCUUCUGGAUCAUGGCCCUCAUCAAUCUGCCGGUGCCCAUCGCCGUGUUCUUCCUGCUCUACAAGGAGCGCAUGGUGCCGUGCUGCAACGGGAGCAGCCACCCGCUGCUCUCGGCGGACGAGCUGGCCAUGGAAGCGCGCCCGGGCGACAAGGACGAGCUCUCCACCGCGGUGCAGAGGCCCCAGGCGGCGAGAGGUCACGAGGACUUGUUUAGCUGCUGCCAAAGCAAAAACUUCCGAGGGGCUUCGUACGCCUACUUCGCGGUGCACAUCACCGGGGCGCUGGUUCUCUUCAUGACCGAUGGCAUUGUGGGCGAGUACUCGGGCUUCAUCUACAGCUACGCCGUGGAAGAGCCUCUCUCCGUGGUGCAUAAAGUCGCCGGGUACCUGCCCAGCCUCUUCUGGGGCUUCAUCACGCUGGGCAGRCUCAUCUCCAUCCCCGUGUCCUACCGCAUGAAGCCUGCAACCAUGGUCUUCAUCAAUGUGGUGGGUGUCCUCGUAACCUUCCUCCUCCUCCUGAUCUUCUCCUCCAGYGUGGUCUUCCUCUUCGUGGGGACAGCGAGCCUGGGGCUCUUCCUCAGCAGCACCUUCCCCAGCAUGCUGGCCUACACCGAGGACAUCCUGCAGUACAAAGGUUGUGCUACAACAGUGCUAGUGACCGGCGCUGGGAUCGGAGAGAUGGUACUACAGCUACUGGUGGGGUCGAUCAUACAUGAGCAGGGCAGCUACAGUUUCCUGGUCUGUGGGAUGAUCUUUGGAGGCUUGGCCUUUACCUUCUACGCCUUCCUCUUAUUCUUCCACAGGAUGUACCCCAAGCCCUCGUCAGAUCUGGAUGCCACCUCACCCGACAAGCCAGCAGUAACAGAGGACAAUGGACUUUAUCAGCGCUAAGAAAACAGUGGACAAGCCCUAGACAAGCAAUAAAACAACACACAAUUAAGCGUUAGCAUUGAGGAUGAUUUCACRUUUUAUGACUGAAUCGAGCAAGUUCUCUGCAAUCAGACGCACAUUAGAUUGGAAUAAGUCAGAAUCGAGAAAUUGCCCUAAAACACUGUGUCGAGACAAGCACAAGCUGCCCAUGUCACACAUGCCAAGAAGAAGACGGGAAACAGCAGCCUGGCCCUGUAUGUAAAAGGCUGAUACAGCAGGUAGGAUGGAGAAGAGUGACUGCUUUGUACCAAAUCAGAGAACAGGUGGGGUGGAGGGGUCUCUCUGUUCCAUUUAUUACAUUUUAAUUACCUCUUGGCUUAGUCAAGGAACUUAACUUUUUCUUUGGGUCUACAGGAGCCUUUCUGAUUUACAGAACAGAACUGGUUUUGAAUUCAUUUUCGUGCAACACUGGGGUACCUAGGUGAGCUCCGUGCAUCUUUCCAAAGGGGGAAAAAAUGACAUUCCUCUCAAACCACCACGUGCACAGUGGUAGCAGGCUCUAUCCAUGUUUGCACACUUGAUAAUUCUUGUAUAUUUACACAGCAUCAGACAUGUUCACCGAGACGCUGUCUUACUCAGCAUGCUAGGGCCUCUUGAUUAUUAAAAUCAUUAAGCUUGUAGAGUCAACAAUGAAUUGUGGUGGUUUGUUUUGCUUUAAGUCAUUAGUUUAGCUGCUACACUGCAGUGUUUAAUAGGGCGGUUCUAUUUCUAGCUUCCAGUUGAAGCUUAAACAGAAGUAUUGGGGAGCCAGCCUCCAGCUGCUUAAUCUGUGCAAUACUUAUUGUUAAUAACAGGUGCCUUCUGUAAGGUACUUUUUAUACCCCACGCAUGACCUGUUACAAGCUAUGAAGAAAGGACUGGCUUUAGAAGAGCAUAAAGCUGCAUACAUCUAUUUCUUCAGUGAGUGAUUGGACAUGUAUUUUUGCUUUAACUGCUGUACGUGGAUGUACAUAUGUAUGUGUGUAUAUAAAGCAGUGUUUAAUUAAAGAUGAUUGAUUGCUAGA